ACCAAAGCAGAGGGGCAGGCAGCACACGGCCAGGCAGCCAGAGUACCAGCCCAGCCAUGGUCCCCGAGAUGAGUGAACGCCAAGAGUUCCAAGCCUCGGAGCUUGCCUUCCUCCUGGAAAACUCUUCCUAUGACUACGGAGAAAACGAGAGUGACUCCUGCUGCGCCUCCCCACCCUGCCCGCAGGACUUCAGCCUCAACUUCGACCGGGCCUUCCUGCCCGUCCUCUACAGCCUCCUCUUCAUGCUGGGGCUGCUGGGCAAUGGCGCCGUGGCGGCCGUGCUGCUGAGCCAGCGGGCGGUCCUGAGCAGCACCGACACCUUCCUGCUGCACUUGGCCGUGGCUGAUGCACUGCUGGUGCUGACGCUCCCGCUCUGGGCAGUGGACGCAGCCGUCGAGUGGGUCUUCGGCUCUGGCCUCUGCAAAGUGGCAGGUGCCCUCUUCAACAUCAACUUCUACGCGGGGGCCCUCCUGCUGGCCUGCAUCAGCUUCGAUCGGUACCUGAGCAUCGUGCACGCCACCCAGCUCUACCGCCGGGGUCCCGCAACCCGUGUGGCCAUCACCUGUGUGGCGGUCUGGGGGCUCUGUCUGCUCUUUGCACUCCCGGACUUCAUCUUCCUGUCCGCCCACCACGACAAGCGCCUCAACGCCACCCACUGCCAGUACAGUUUCCCGCAGGCGGGCCGCACAGCCCUGCGCGUUCUGCAGCUGGUCGCCGGUUUCCUGCUGCCGCUGCUGGUCAUGGCCUAUUGCUAUGCCCGCAUCCUGGCUGUGCUGCUGGUCUCCAGGAGCCAGCGGCGGCUCAGAGCCAUGAGGCUGGUGGUGGUGGUGGUGGUGGCCUUUGCCCUCUGCUGGACCCCCUACCACCUGGUGGUGCUGGUGGACACCCUCAUGGACCUGGGGGCCGUGGCCCGCAACUGUGGCCGAGAAAGCAGUGUGGACGUGGCCAAGUCGGUCACGUCGGGCAUGGGCUACAUGCACUGCUGCCUCAACCCUCUGCUCUAUGCCUUUGUGGGUGUCAAGUUCCGAGAGCAGAUGUGGAUGCUACUCAUGCGCCUCGGCUGCCCCAACCAGAGGGGCCACCAGUGGCAGCCUCCGGCUUCCCGCCGGGAUUCAUCCUGGUCUGAGACCACAGAGGCCUCCUACUCAGGCUUGUGAGGCUUGGGAUGGGGGAUCCCCCUUUCCCAUGCUGCCCGACUCCCCCAUUCCAGGCUCCUCCCUCGCUCACUCCCCAGACACACACUCCUUGGAGUCCCCGAUGGCCCUGGUACUGCCGGGUCUCCCAGGGAGCCGCCCUCCUGGCUCUGGGGGCUGCCCCAUCACUGCUCCUUAGCUGCAC